GCGCAAGCAAGCAGGCAGCGGCAAACUGCGACUGGCACUGCAGCUGCGCUUGUACUUGGUGGUGGGAGAGCUAGAGGUUUAAGCUACUUCCUCGCUUGCUUGGUCUACCUACUUGUCACCUCUCGGGCUCUCGGUUCCGGCCGACCUCACACAUAUCCAUGGUCCCCCUCCUCUCCGACCUUACAAGCAUCGCCCAUCUCUCCUUAAAACCGCACCAAACUCGUCGCCAAAAUUCCUCAGCUAGCACACAAACAGAAAGAAAGAAACACACACACACUUCUAGCAACCAGUGGAAGAGAAUUCCCUCCCCGGUUCCAGUUUGAGCUAGCCAUGGCGACCAAGCAGGAGGUGCGAACCGUCGACGCGUUCUCGCAGCUGCCCUUCAUCCGGCCGGCGUCGGCACAUCCGCAGCGGCAGGCGCCGGUCGACACCACCAUCCGGCUCUUCGGCCGAGAGUUCUCCAACACCGACGGCCCGCAGCAUCCGCCGCAGCGCAAGCAGGACGGCUCCGGCUCCCCGGACGUGGCCAACGGGAGCACCGUCACGUCGGAGGCCAACGGCGGCCCGGGCGCGGCGACGGCAGGGGAGGCGUCUCGCAAGUUCGAGUGCCACUACUGCUGCCGCAACUUCCCGACGUCGCAGGCGCUGGGCGGCCACCAGAACGCGCACAAGCGGGAGCGCCAGCACGCCAAGCGGGCCCACCUCCAGGCCUCCCUCGCCAUGCACCGCUACGUGCCCGGCCACAUGUACGGCGCCCUCCUCGGCUACCACCACCACCUCGCCGGCCGCUACGACCACCACCACCAGCUGCCGCCGCCGCACUACCCGAUGUGGAGCACGGCGGCCGCUGGCGUCCCGGGACCCUACGGCGGGCCGGGGUCCGUCUCCCAGCCCAUCGACGGCAGCCCCGUCGUGCAAGGCCUCUGGAGGGCGCCCCAGCCCGCCAACACGCAGAGCUUCGGCGCUGCCACGCCGGUGACGGCGAUGCGGCCGGCGGUGGAGGUGGUGACCAGCUGCAAGGACGACCAGCAGACGGUGGCGAUGAGUUUGCUGCCCUCGUCGCCAUCCUUUUCGUCCUGCUCCUCCACGUCGCCGGAGAAGCUAGGUAGGUGUGAAUUGGGGCAGCAGCAGGAGGCUCUUAGCUUGGACCUCCAUUUGUAACUCUUCCUUCAUUCUUUUUAGGCUUCUUCUCGCGAGUUAGAAGUAUGUUUGCAAGUGCAUGUGUUGAUUCAAAAUAGCUUAAAUAAUCUCCACCUUUUCUGCCGUUUUAA